AAAAAAGACCAAAAUAAGGUGAAUAAAAAUAUAAAAACUUUAAAUGCUGGGCAAAUGACUGGAGACAGACUUUCUAGAUCUUUUAAUUUCCAAAGAUGGAAACCCUAGGAUCUGAAGUCUCCCCAGACCUGCAGUUCCUACAUUAUUUCAUAGCUACUUUAGUACAUGUGUUAAAUGUUGAGCUUUCUACACGAAGUAGUAAACAUAACACCAUUUAUACACCAAUUCUUGUGAAAUUCAGAGUCCGUGUGAAGAUAUCACGAGCGUUCGACCCUGGAAAAGGGAUGCUUUCCUUCCUCUUCCGGCUCUUGCAGCCACCCUCCCCACUAGCUCCGUCCCGCCAGCGCACCCCCGCCCCCUCCCGCAGCUUGGGAGUAAUUAGAACCCGAGGGAGCAUGGGGAGCCGGACGCUAGCGGCUCCUCGGCGUACCGCGGCGACCCGGAGAAACGCAAAGGUUUUCCAGGAUUCAGCCAGACCACAGAGUGUAGACAGGAAACCACGCAGCUCUGGGUCCGGCAGCACCGUGUUGAACGGAACCCAACCAGGGAGUCAUUUCGUGCGUGAGGAGACCUUGCAGCCCUCAGCUCGGCGGCCGUGAAGGACGCCCGCCCUUCCCACAGCUGAGCGCUCAUUGGAUGGUGGUGUCGUCACUCAGUGACGUCACAGGGCGAGGCUCCCAAGCUAGAGCCACAGAGACCUGGCUUCCGGCCUUUCUAGCUUGGGGGCGGGGAGGAAUUGGGAAGGUUAGGGUUCCGGGCCCAAGUAUCCCAGAGGCCGGGAGGGUCUCACCCUGCGCCUCCCGUCAGCCCUCGAUCUGGUCCCCCAGGCCUCGGAACCCGGUCUCCACCCCCUCCCCGUCUCCUUCGGUGAACCGUCCCCGAGACCGCAACAGUCCGCCCCGGCGUUCCGCACCCGGCCCCUGGCUGAGAAGCGGAGUGCGCGGGGCGCAGAGGUGCUGGGAGCGGCGCCCGGAGUCGCGAAGCCGCCGCCGCCGGGCCUCUCCCGCCCGGUUUCUGAACCGCGCUGUCUGGGGUCUGAGGUUCCCAUCUGGAGGUUGGCGCUCCCUUCUGCGCGCUCAGGGCAAAGAGGUCGCCGUCCCCAGCUGGGAAGCGCCACCUGAUGCAGAAGGGGGUGGUGAUGUAUGGUUUAAAGGUACAGAGCUCAGGUGGGCUCUGCAGACGCACUAGCUCUAGAAUGGGAUCCGUGUAACUGCACUUGAAAGAUUAGUAGUUACAUGUAUGUCUUCACCGCUACACAAAUGAAAUUAAUAAGGAUGUCUCUCAUUUAUCUGUCGCGGCAGAGUACUAGAUUCCAUUGACCAGAAAUAAAAAUGUCUUUGCAAGCCAUAUCGUCUUCAUGAGCAUCUUCGAGAUCAUUUCUGCCGGUUGGGAUCUCAAAGUACCAUCUGAAAUCCAGAGCUAAGAAAAUACUGUGACUGUUGGAAAUGAACUUCAAGAUUUUACACCUUGCUAUGCAAAUUUAUGCCCAUGCAUUAGUUAAAAAACACUUAAAUCCUGAUAUCAUUUAAUUGAUGUCUUUUUAAAAUACUAAAUUGUUUACUUCUUUUGUCUAGGUCUCUGUGUUGAUUAGUUAAGACAAAAAAUAAAUAUGGCCUUCCACAGUUAUAAUUCAUUCUUAGCUAUUUUCUGGACAAGAUUCCUUACCCGUUUGGUCUAUCCUGCCUGUUCUUAUCCUCUUGCAUAUCUCCACUUGCCAGAUUCUCAUUUAUGUAAGACCUACAUGAAGAGCUGUGGAGGCAGUAAGUCCUCCUAUCAGUCAGUAGGCCUGAAGAUCCCUCCCUUACGAACUAGACUAACACAAGAGUACCUACACACAUCAACCUGCUGUCGGCUGGAGCAAAGCCCUGGAGAACUAAAGGUGACAGUGAUGAAAGAAAAGCGAUCUCUUGGACAAAGACUCGUGGAUGAACGUAAACAUUAUUACAACGGAUUCUGCCUAUGCUGCAUUGACACCAAAGUUGCUGUCAGGAUGGUUUGGAAGUUCCUGCAUGGACAGGUGCUAACCAGAUGAGAGUGGUGAAGGCUAUUGAGAACUUGUGCUGAUCUCUUCUGCCUGGUUCCAUUUAUGGUCUUAAUUGUACCUUUUAUGGAAUUCUUGAUACCAGUGUUCCUGAAGCUCUUUCCAGACAUGUUGCCAUCAGCUUUUGAAAGUGAAUCUGAAAAGGAAGAAAAACAGAAAAAGAAGAUGACAGCAAAGUUGGAACUAGCAAAAUUCCUUCAAGAAACGAUGACAGAAAUGGCAAGGAGAAAGGAGAAGUUGGGAGAUACCUCGUCACAGUUUUUAUCCUAUUUAAAACAGGUCCAGACAGGCCACAAGCCCAGCACGAAGGAAAUAGUUCACUUUUCCAAACUCUUUGAGGAUCAGUUAGCCCUGGAACACUUAGAUCAACCCCAGCUGAUUGCCCUUUGCAAGCUGCUAGAAUUGCACACCUUUGGAACAAACAAUUUGCUCCACUUUCAGCUCCUGAUGACCCUGAAGUCUAUGAAAGCAGAUGAUGACAUAAUUGCCAAAGAAGGAGUGAAGGCUCUGAGUGUGUCAGACCUGCAGUUUGCCUGUAGGGCCCGAGGGAAGAGAUCACUAGGCCUUACUGAGGAACAACUGAGGCAGCAGCUCACAGCGUGGCUGGACCUCCACCUGAAGGAGAACAUCCCCCCUUCUCUUUUGCUCCUGUCACGUACCUUCUACCUGAUUGAUGUGAAGCCAAAACCUGUUGAGAUAGCACCAAAUACAGAGGCUCCAAAGACAAACCUUACUGUGGCAUCAUCUUCCCCCAAGUUACAAGAGAACUUGGUAGAUUCUGCACCUCAGCUAAAGGGAAUUAAGGAUGAAGAACUUAGAGAGCCGCCCCCAGUACCAUCAUCACACAUAACACCAUCAGCAGCUAUUUCCAAAGAAACCAUCCAGGCCAAAUCACAGAAGACCUCACAGAACAGCAAGGCCAAUUCAAAAGGAGUCUAAAGACCACUUGAGGAGCUCAAUUUCUCCAGCCAUUUUCCCUGGACAGUGGCAUCCAAGAAGGAACUCCAGCUAAGACUCUGUAUCUGGUUUGAGAUAGAGGAGCAGCCAUUUUAGUCCUUAGAGGCCUUGUAACCAUUCCAGGAGAUGUAAGCUGUGACAUGAAGCUCAGGCCAUUUGGAGAAAUGCAAUUGCAGUCUCUUUCUUCUCUAUCAUUGUCAUUUUACUAAACUGUGUAAAAACCUACCCCACCACAUCGAACAGCUUCCUGUUCGUGUGCAUUUGACAGCGGGAGCAAUGCUGGGAAUCGAAUGCAGAGGCCUCAUGCAUGCUAGGCAAGUACUCCAUCACUGACAAGAUCUGAAUUGCCCAAUCUAGCUUUCAAUUUUUAUUUUAUUUUUUUGACUUUUUGAGACAGGGUCUCCCUGAAACCCCAGUGGUCCUGGAACUCACUAUGUAGAUCAGGCUGUCCUUGAACUCACAGAGAUCCACCUGCCUCUGCUUCCCAAGUGCUGGGAUUAAAGGCAUGUGCCACCACGCCCGGCAUAGCCUUGAAUUUUUAAUCCUCAUUCAGUCUCCAAAAUAGAAUAGAUUACAGACCUGUGUGACCAGGUCCAACUGUAUCUUUUAACACAUCUUUUAACAGGAAAAGUACUGCAUAAUGGAAACAGCUUGCUGCCUGGAUACCUCUGCCUCUCAUGACUAGAAAGUCCAAAUCACAGCACGGAAAUGCUGAAAGCCACUUUUAACAGUACCUGACUUUUUCAGAGCGAUUCCUUAGUGCGAACAGUGCCCUAAGUGCAGGAUAGAUAACUUCCCAGGAAGACAAAGUUUCUUCAAGAAAAUGAGACGUUGAACAGAUUUAACAAUCAAAAGGGCUUGGCUGCUGCUUAGUUGUUCAGACAGACAUAUCCCUCUUGGGCCCACAAAGGCUCCAGGAAUCUGAGAGGUGGACACAUUCUAGCACAUAUGGCUUUCAUUAGCCACUAUUUUGCUGGAAAUAUAAUUAAGGGUUUAAGGCUUAGCCAUUUGUGCUGGGUAUGUUUUUCUGGUCAGUCUGUCACCAGUUAGUCAUAGAGGUUGGCAUAAUACAAUCCUUUGCUACUUGGUAACAAGUAUUAUUGUCAGAUAUUUAUGUUGUUUUCCAUUGCCAAGUAGCCAAACAAGAGCUUUCUUCCUUUGGGGCUGGAGAGACAUGAGAAGGGAAAAGGUAUUUCUUCCUGUGCAUAAUGAAGUUAGAUUUACUUACUAUGAAAUUGAAAGCAGUUAGUUGGGAAUCAUACCACGUUAAAGUCAGACCUGCCCAAUCCAGGAUCACCUAAAUAAGAAAUGCCAAUAGCUGUUCACAGCAAGAACAGGCACUUUACGUAUUUUUUGGAGUUUUUGUUGUUUUCUCACUAUUUUGCUCUGGCCAGCCUGGAUGGAGCUCACUAUAUAGACCAGGCUGGCCUGGUUGAACUCACAGGGAUCCACCUGCCUCUGCCUCCAGAAUGCUGGGAUUAAAGGUGUGUACCAGCACAUUUAGCCUGGUAACAAAGGUCUAAUGUGGUCAAGGCUGGCCUCAAACUCUUUAUUAAGGAUGACCUUGAACUUCUGAGGAAGCUGUUGGGUUUCAUACACUACCAACUGCGAUAUUCCUGGAGCCUAGAACACCUUCUGAGGAUGAGAUCCACCGUUUGUUAACUGGUUUCUGUAGACUGAUGCAGCCCCACUAUGGAAAUACAGCAUUCCAUGAUGUUGCCAUUGAUCUAGUCAGAUGCUUCAUAACAAAGAUUCCCUCCUUUGAAACAGUGGGGUUUUUAAAAAGCUUUAUUAGUGUACAUUUUAGGUGUUGAAUAUAGGAAAAGGGAUUAGCUAGGUAACUGGCUUAAUCCUGUUUCAGAUGGAUGAUUCAUAUGUGGCUGCCCUACCAAUUCUUUCUGGCUUUCCCCCUGGGCAAAAUGGGAAUGGUUAGGUCAAGGGCCAUGGUCACUUUUGGCUACAGCUGGCCUCUGGUUUUUUUUCUUUGAUUUUGAGGUAAGGUUUCAUGCAGCCCAGAUUGGCCUUGAACUCCCUUAUGCAUCCUCACCUGUUUUUGCUAACAUCUAGGCCAAUAAGACACUUGAUCCUUAUAAGAAGGCAUCAGUGUUUGUUUUCAUCAUGGGAUACUUUGCUGUAGCCCCAGGCUGAAACCUCACUAUUAGUGCUAUAACCACAGUCACAGAUUUCCAAGAAUGGACAUGCUCCCCCAUGGGUGAUUUCAAUGCAAAAAUGCACAUAAUUGCUUGAGGAUCUUCCCAGCACAGCACUGGAGCCUCUGUAAUUGGCAGCACAGCCAUUAAAUGCAACACGCUUUCAUGUGCCAGAACAGGAGCCUGGGAGGCAGUAAAGACGGUUUGAAUGCUGUGUCAGGUAAGAGGUGAUUGCCCCAGAGCCCCGUCAGGGUCCUUCCUGGUCUCCUUUCUUGGCUUACACCAGCUAGGGGAAUAGACGGCCAUGGCAGGUUGCUUCAAAGUCCCCUGCACCCCUUCCUUUCUCUCUAUUCUACUGCAGAUGCAGGUGCUUGGGCUCUUCCAGCUGCUAAUAAUCUCAGUGGAUACAGUUUCAGGCCCUCUCUAAUAUUCACCUGUAGUGACGUUAGAUGCUCACAUCUGAGUUCUGCUACAAUAGUUGGUGGUGGCCCUGCACUUGCGCCAUGUCUAAUUCUGUACAUAAAUCAAACUGGUGUUGGCCAAUGUUUUGGAAUGCUAAAUCCAGCUAAAAAUCCCCACUUGUAGGUAAGGUCAGAAUCAUGUUGCUUCAGAGCAAACUGGCACAUUACCUAAUACUGUGGGGGAUUUUAGCCUGCUGGCUCCACCCGGUGGCAGCUGAUCAACACAAAGACUCUAUUACCAUUAGGAUAGAUUUUUUUUUUUUACUUCAUCUAUUUUCAAUCUUACUUACCUGAGAUCAAUACAUUACAUUAAUAGAGCCAAGGGACUGAUGAUCUCCAGCCUAUGGCAAUUAGGAAAGAUGGAAAGGCAGUAUUGAUUAAUGCCCUGGCUGUCCCCAGGCCUGAUCUUUCAACCUUUAGAAACCAGACAGAUUCAGUGCUUAGACAGCACAUCUUCAUUAGAUAAGCUGAAUUCGUUUUCCCAAGGGACUCAAUCUGGUCAUCUAAGUAAAGCAGUCAUUUCAUUUUCUUUCAGGUCAAUUUUACUAUCUGUGAUUUGACAGCCAGCUCUGUCUCUGGGGUAUCUGUGGGCAAAUUUGAGUAGUAACAGCCAGGGUUCCACGGCUAUAACACCAGUGCCUCACCGUUUUCUAGCAAUUCUCCUGGAGGCACAAAAAGCCUUUCUAGAGUCUCCCACCCAGUCCCACAACACUGAAUCGACACUCAGCCAAGACAGAAAUUAUCACUAUUUCAAGAAACACACUACGAUCUGGUCUCUAAGCAGAUGAGUUUGAGUUCAAAUUCACCUCCCAGCUCUGUUCACCAAAUUACGCCUUAUUUCAACAUAAACAAAAUUUGUAGUAUUUUGACGGUUACAUGUUUACAAAGAGAAACAAUGGUAAGAUUUUUUACAGUGGUAACCAAAACCACAGCUGCCAAAAACUACCCAGCUCGGAAUGGAAUUUAAAGCAGCAAUCCUAUUUUCCCUACAGAAUAAAAGCAUAUUGAACUCCUGUAUUCAGCA